GGUAAAGAUGUGCAAAUAAUGUAUGAUCCAAGUAUAUAACUUCAAAGGAGACUAGACAUAUUCAUUAAAUGACCGUUCCCGUAUGGCUAUAUACUUCCUCUUAUACGUUUGAGCAAAAAGUACUCCACAAAGCAAAUAUGUCAUUAUGCUUUUAAUAAUUUAGGGCAACAAUUAAACGUGUUAAACUUACAAUGUUUCACUGUUUAAAAGUAGUUGUCCAGUAAUGACGGAAUGAGUCCUAAACAUGGAUAAAAUCUAAAUUGUGUGGAAACAUAGUUUUUAAAUGUGCAAAUAAUGUCAUUUAUUUAAAAUGUGUUUAUUAUUAUAAAUCAAAUAUCUGAAUAGAUAGCUAAAUACAAUGAAUAUUAGAAAUUAUGUUUUCAUAAAUCAACUAGUUCUUAAAUUUGUUGGACUUUAUCCAAUAAGUAUUGUGAGAUAUGUUAUAUGUAUUAGUUGUAUUAUGCUUAUUACUAUACCACAAAUAAUAAUGAUUUAUACAAAUUGGAAUGAUUUAAACAUUGUUAUGGAAAUAGGCUCAACUUUACUAACAAUUUCGCUUGCUAUGUUAAAAUCAGCAAUUUGGAUGUUCAAUAGAAAGAAUUUAGAGCUUUUUAUUGAAUUCAUGUUAACAGAUUACUGGAAAAUAAUUGAAGCUAAUGUUUUUGAAUACUUACAAAAAUAUGCAUUAUAUGCUAAAACCAUUACCAAAGGAUAUCUUAUUUCUAUGUGUAAUGCCUUAUUAUUUUUCUUUAGUUUACCUAUUAUCGAAAUAUUAAUUACAAAGCAUGAAGAUUCAGAUAAUUUUACUAUGAACUUUCCAUUUGCUGCAUCAUAUCCUAUGGCUUUUUAUAAAUUUCCCUUGUAUGAGAUUGCAUAUGCGUCUCAAAUAUUGGCAACAAGUAUUUGUUGUUUGGUCAUGCUUGCAACUGAUGGUCUAAUUGCAACUGCUCUACUUCAUACAUGCGGACAUUUUGCGGUACUUAGAAAAAAUGUAAAACAACUCGAUUCAUACAUCUAUCGUGUAUGUAUUGUAUUCUACUAUAUAUAUGUAUAUAAUUGUAAUAUUAUUUAUUUUAAAAUUAUCCAAUUAUUGCAGAUAACUAGUUUAAAGACUAAUUCAAAACACAUAAAUGCAAAUUUAUACGAAAUCAAAAUUCAAAUAAUACAUGUAAUCAAACAUCAUCAAGUAGUGCUUUGGUUUUGCGACAAUAUGGAAAAAAAUUUCCAUCUAAUACUCUUUUUACAAGCAAUGAUUAGUAGUCUCCUAAUUUGUUUCGUCGGAUUUCAGGUUUCUGCAACGUUAAUGGAACAGUCUAAAAUGAUUAAGUUUGCUUCUCAUUUAAUCGUGGCAUUUUUUCAAUUAUUACUUUUCUGUUUUCCUGGAGACAUGUUAAUACGAGAGAGUUUCAGUAUAAGCACAGCUGUAUAUUCCAUACAAUGGUCUCAAUUAGCAACUUUUGUUAAAAAUGAACUGUGUAUGAUCAUUGCGCGUUCUCAAAGACCUAGUUAUAUUACAGCAGGAAAAUUAUACAUAAUGCAUUUGGAAAAUUUUACAGCGAUACUCAGUACUGCAUUUUCAUAUUUUAUGAUGCUUCAGAGCUUCAAUUCAGAAUCUUAGUCUAGGAACUGCUUACAAGUGGAUCAUAUACAAACGGUGUUAAUACACUUAAUAAUGUGCUACUUUGUUGUCGGAGAACUCUCAUAGUUAUUUCACAAGCGCGCCUAAACGGUCCCUCAAUUUUUAAUGGUCCCAUAGCAUCUACCAUAUUAUGCGUUAAACGAAAUGGUACACGUUCUGGCCAUUCAAACAAUUCUCCCUGAUAAUUGAAAUAUUUUUAAAUUAUUAUAAUACUUAUUGUAUAUAAACUACUUAGUCAUGUUUUGCCUUACUAGAUAUUAAAACAAAGAAUAAAUGUGAAGCAUUUAAAUUGUAUUGAGGUUUUAAUUUAUGAAUAAAUCUCUUACAUACCCUAUUAAACAAACAAUUAAAAUCUACAUGUACACAAUCUCCACAUUUAGAAUCAAAUAAUAUAUUUUCUCCAUGACGAUCUCCAAGGCCAAGAAUAUAUCCUACCAUAGACAUUACUGCUGUAGUUCUAAUAUAGGCA